GAGGGGCAGCCGGUGUGUCAAGUCCUCUGGCCGCCUUAGGCGGUGUCUGCGGUGUGCGCCGCUCGCCCGCCGGCCCGCCCGCUCGCCCGCCCGCCCGCAGCUCCGGUGUCCUCGCCUCGGCCUCCCUCCUCCGUCCGCGCUGCUGUCCCAGGCUCCGCGAGCCACCCCGGGACCUUGCGCCCGCGAGCUUUCUCGGUGCCCGACGGGGCCGCCUCGGGACAUGGUGCCGUCCCAGGAGGAGCCCGCCGCCGAGCGGGAGACGAACGAGGCGCAGCCGCCCGGGCCCGCGCCCUCAGAUGACGCUCCGCUGCCCGGCCCGGGACCCUCGGAUGUCUCCGAUGUGGCCGCAGAGAAAGUGGAGGUGGAGCUGACGAAGUCAACGGGCAGUGAGCCCCCUGUUCCCCCCGAGGGCGGCUGGGGCUGGUUGGUGAUGCUGGCGGCCAUGUGGUGCAACGGGUCGGUGUUUGGCAUCCAGAACGCCUACGGGGUGCUCUUCGUGUCCAUGCUGGACACCUUCAAGGCCAAGGACGAUGACAACAUGGCCUUCAAGACAGCGUGGGUGGGCUCACUGUCCAUGGGCAUGAUCUUCUUCUGCUGCCCCAUCGUGAGUGUCUUCACGGACAUGUUCGGCUGCCGGAGAACAGCUGUUGUGGGGGCAGCUGUGGGAUUCAUUGGACUCAUGUCCAGUUCUUUUGUAAGCUCCAUCGAGCCUCUGUACCUCACCUAUGGAAUCAUAUUUGCCUGCGGCUGCUCCUUUGCCUACCAGCCAUCACUGGUCAUUUUGGGACACUACUUCAAGAAGCGCCUUGGACUCGUCAACGGCAUCGUCACGGCCGGCAGCAGCGUCUUCACAAUCCUGCUCCCUUUGCUGUUAGGGAAUCUAAUCAGCAGUGUGAAGCUCUUUAACACGCUGCGGAUCCUCUGCAUCUUCAUGUUUGUUCUCUUUCUGGCUGGCUUUACUUACCGACCUCUUGUUCCCAGCGCCAAAGAGAAAGAGAGUGGGGGCAGCAGAAGCUCAUUCUUCUCCAGGAGAAAGCUUAGUCCUCCAAAAAAAGUCUUCAACUUUGCCCUCUUCAAGGAGACAACCUAUGCAGUGUGGGCUGCUGGGAUACCACUUGCACUUUUUGGCUACUUUGUGCCUUAUGUUCACUUGAUGAACCAUGUAAAGGAAAGGUUUCAAGACGUAAACAACAAAGAGGUGCUUUUCAUGUGCAUUGGCAUCACUUCAGGAGUUGGACGGCUUCUCUUUGGCCGCAUUGCUGACUAUUUGCCUGGUGUGAAGAAGGUCUACUUACAGGUUCUCUCCUUCUUCUUCAUUGGCCUGAUGUCCAUGAUGAUUCCCCUGUGCAGCGCCUUUGGAGCCCUCAUUGCUGUCUGCCUCGCCAUGGGUCUCUUCGAUGGAUGCUUCAUUUCUAUCAUGGCGCCCAUUGCCUUUGAACUAGUUGGUCCUCACGAUGCUUCCCAAGCAAUUGGAUUCCUACUUGGAUUCAUGUCUAUACCCAUGACUGUAGGUCCUCCUAUUGCAGGGUUACUUCAUGACAAGCUGGGCACCUACGACGUGGCCUUUUACCUUGCUGGAAUCCCUCCCUUCGUUGGGGGUGUUGUUCUCUGUUUAAUCCCGUGGAUCCAUAGCAAGAAGCAAAGAAAGAUCAGUAAGAACGCCGGAGGGGAGAAGAUGGAGAAAAUGCUGGAGAAUCAGAACUCUCUACUGUCAGGCUCAUCCGGAAUCUUCAAAAAAGACUCCGACUCUAUUAUUUAAUGCCAUACAUACCUCCACCUCACUGGAUUUGCUUUUGAAUUUUAAGCCAGUUUUCCUUUUUAUAUGAAUUGCAGAUUUCUUAUUUUUUUAAUCAUCCUUGGAAUAGCACAAAUGGGACAUGAGCCCUUUAUUAUGACAAGAGCCAUCUCUCUCCCAAGCAGCUUUGGUAUUCCCACGAGUAAGGGGGAGACUGUCACAGGCAAGCAUGUUUGGAAAUCCAGCGUGAGCAUUCAGAGCUCCGAGGAAGGAGCAGCCUUGGCAGCCUCAGAUGCUGUCAGCUGCUGCGUGCUUUGAGAGUGCUUGGAGCUGCACUGGGUGGGCAGUGCUCCUCCACACCGGAAGCAUUUUGUCAGCCCCCCUUGGUGUCUUUUGUUCUGCAGUGUUACUUUCUCCUUCAUUUUGGAAUUUAAGCCUAGAUCCUAGAUAAUAAGAGGUGAACCUAAACCUUGAGUCUGUUAAAUGAUUUAAGCUAUGAAAUUAGGAGCUUCUUACAUGCUGUAAGGGACCUCCUCAUGUAGUCAAGGGACCUCCUGGGAGCAGAUGCUACUGCUACCACCAUGGACAUGGGAGAGAGAAAGGCCCUCUUGUAGGCAGCAAUCAGGUGUUUCUUCCACCAACCUUUGUUCCCUUUGGUUUGUAGUGUGUUUUAUUCCAGUAGCCAGAAACACCCCAAAUUUCUGAUUUUAUAUAAACAAUAAAGUGAAGUAGAAUGUAUAAAAGCUAUCCUGGCAAUUUUGACAGAGUUUUUCUGACUUCUGGGUUUAUAAGCACUGUGUUUGAGUGUUUUGUUGAGCGUAUUAUCAGCUGGUGGAGUGGACACAGAUUGGAAGUUCUGUCCAUUAGAAAAUGUCUGAUAAAAAUAAUUGCUUAGGGGUUUGGGGUAAAAAAAAAAAAAAAAAAGAAAUAAUUGCUUAAACUGACUUAUGGAACUAAUGAUUGUUUUGGAACUAAUGAUUUUAAAAUGUUAAAUAUAUUUAUAAAAAGCCCAUUUCUAAUUUUUCCAAUUUUUUUUAGCAAAACUUUGCAUUUGUAUGUACAGUCUUGUGAUAUGCCAAGGAGCCUGACGGCGGGUGCUUUCCCAGCCUGCCUCUUGUGGAGUUUACUUACAGAGACUGAGAGACUCCAUUGUAACUAGGUGAUACAAUCUUUCUGCACAGCAUCGAGUAUGCUCCUUCCUCUUCUUUGAUCAGAAAAUUAGUGUGGUAUUUAUUUAUUGAUUACCUCCAUUGUCCCCCGUUUAUGUCCCAACUGUAGAAAGCUUUGAGGACCUAAAAUUAAAACCAAAGUUGGGCCGUGACCCAUUACUCAUUUAUCAAAGCAGGAACAUGCUGUUAUAUCUUUGAAAUUAUAUGUUAGACUUUAAAGGUUAAAAUGCCAAGUAUUCUUAAAUCAUUAGCCUCGAUGACUGUCAGUCAGAGUGGACCGUAGCUUGCUUGUUCACGUGAGAAGAAUGCUACCUUUUCCUAAGCAUUUCCAGGGUCCUUCUGUUUCUAAGUUAUCUGGAAGUGAAACUUAAUUUUAUUAUCUCACUACUCAGCAUUCCCUUUCUGUUGUGUAUAAAAGGCAGACCUCCCUCUCUCCGUCUGUCAAGGGUGGGCUGCCUGGAGACAGUACAGACUCGUUCUUGUUGGGAGUGGGGUAGAGGCCUGGAGGGAAGAGGGGCUGGGAGUUGAAAGCUAGAAGCCCUUCCUCUUAAUUACAGAUCGCUUAUCUAUUGGCAUGCAAGAGCUCACAGCCUAAAUGCUAAGUGUACACGUUCUUUCAAUGGGUUUUGAAUAAUUGUAAUUUAUUUAUUAUUUAUUUAUUGUGAUGCGGAGCCUAAGUAGAUCUGACUGGCCUUCAACUCUCGUCUGUUGCUUCAGAACUGUGUUAGGAUGCAGGGGUGUGCUACCAUGUGUGUCAAUAAUUUUGAUUUUGAAGACCCAAGCUGGCAUGGAACUCACCAUAUAGCCCAGGCUAGCCUCAAACAAACUUACAACGCCCUUUUAGGUAUUUUUUUGAAGCAGGCUUGCUGUGUGGCCCAGCAGGGAGUUGGAACUUGAGAUCCUCCUGCUUCAGCUUCCUACGCGGAGGGAUCCCAGGAGUGUGCCACCACAGCCAGCUUCACUCACUGCCGACAGGUGCUUGCUUCUGUUUUAAAUUGACACAGGGUCUUUGGUAAUUUGUUUGCAGUAAGUUCUCUUUCAGGAGGGAAAAUAUUUUAACCAUAUUGGCCUUUCUUGUUCUUUUCUUUCUUGUUUUAGAUAAGGUUUUACUAAGUGGACCUGGCAGGCCUGGAGCUCACAGAGACAUGCCAGCCUCAGCCUCCCAAGUGCUGGGGUUAAAGGGCGAGCGCACCACCAUGUGGGCUCUCUUCCAUGGGCUUAUAUUUUACAUCUGAGAAGUUUUGCCUAUGAAGUUAUUACUGAGUUUAAAUAUAUGGAAGUAUCUGAUUGUUGCUAACACUUAAUGAUUUAAGUUUUAUUUACAAGAAAAUGAUCAUCAAAACCAGUCUUUGUGAUGAACAUGGCCUCCCAACAGAGUAACUUUAAAGAAAAAGUCUCUUCUCAGUGUAUCUAGCACAGAGUGGGAUGUUUAAAAUCACUGAAGAUAUGGCAUAGAGGUAAGGAGCUCUACCAACAGGCCAAAGCCCCAGCCAGACUCACUUCAAGGGGUAAAAAUGAACAACAACAAAAAGGGCAUAUAGAAACUUUAACUGGAUUUAAUUAAGGAGAUAUUUUGGACAUUUGAGCUAUUUGUUUUUCAGUUUUUGGAGUCAUUGGUCUUAACAUUUUAGAUCUUUUAGAUUUGAUACAGAUUAAAACUGCUGUGAGUGACAGUGUCAGUCUCCUGUCAGGUCCUCUCAGGACCAUGCUGUGACAGUGUCAGACUCCCCUCCCCCCAAAAUAAAACAUGAAAACAGUGCCACCAAGAAGUGCACCCUUGUCCCAGGUCUUGGGCCCCAGCCUGCGUGCUUCUGUCAGCAGGACCCAGAUACCUGGAGGUCACAGGCUUAGGUCAGUCCUGCUUUCCUUCAUAGAUUUUGCCUCAGCCAUUUUAUAAGAAUGAGAUAGUAACUCACAGCCGCUGUUGCCUUUCUAGAGUGACGGUGCACUCAGGCUGAGGAUGCUGGGUUCGCUGUAGACUACCCUGAGCAUUGUGUGCCGGGGUCUCACUGACUGCUGUACAGCUCCUCUGACAGCAGCUUCUUCGUAGUGGAGCAGUGAGAGUGUCAGGUAACAGAAGGCUAGAGAGGUGCCUCACCGCACCCAGCACCUAUGUAUUUCAAAAGUUCAGACUCUGUUAACUCUAAUAUUCCAAAUAUACCUAGUGCUCCAGGUGUGAGCUCCCCUCCUUCCAUCCAUCCUUUUCUUCCUCCCUCCUCUCUCUCCCCACCUCUCUCCCUCCUACAGAAGGUGCCAGCUUACCCCAUAGCUGUAUAAAUAAAAUAUAGCUGACUGUGUGAAAGAGUCAUGCUGGGUUUGACCAACAUAGGUAUUUUCCUAGUUUUGAGAAAUCCUGUUCUUUUAAAAUAAUAUAAUUUAUAAUUGAUUUUUUAAAAAAAAUGUGAUUUAUAUAUUUAAUAUAGAUAACCAAAACCUUUUUAAUGAAGAGUGCUUUGUACUUUUGAGAAUACAGUCAUUUUACUGUGGGGAAAUGUGAUAUUCUCGGUAAAUGCAAUAAAAUUUUUAGCAAAUUCCUGUAA